GUUUGCGCUAAUAUCCUCCCAUGUAGUAGUUAGCGGACAACUGUUUGGUGAUUAUAACAUAAUGCCCAGACGUAAUUGCUAACAAUCUGCCUCUUCCCACCCCUGGUUCUCUGCAACUGCAAGCCCCCCGGUCCUCUCAGAAUCACAUUACCGUUUAAACUACGCAUCUUCCCCUCCAAAAACACCUCUCUCUCCCUGCGCCUAUAGUGUGGGGCUCGUCAGUUGCACGGAGGCACAAUAAACUUGGUAGUCUGCCUGUCAAGACGUACGUGAGUCCAUGGCUGCGACUUCCUUAUGCUUCAGAAUGUCCUAUGACAAGGAUCAAACUCAUUCCAAUAUGCCCACCAAAAUUAGACAGAAAAAGAGAGGCUUCAUCUCCCAAUUAUGCAGUAAUGCCAACUUGCAGGGGGAUGUUUCCAGCAGGUGCCUUCUUUCAGUUUCCAGCAGGGACCCAGGAUGGUCCACGGCCUUCCAGAUCAUGAGUGGAUUACCCUUUCCUCACAGGGUGGUUGGGGCACAAGGCCAUCCCAUUAGGCCCACUUCGGAAGCAGCUUCCCAAUCCCCCACACAAGUUCUAUGCAUGCUCCGCUCUGCAAGGCGGAAACCCAACCCCAAUGAGAAGCAACUCAGGUCACUAGAUUCUUAUUUUGAAAAACUUCAGAAUGAGGCCGAUCAGGCCUCUUCUGAUUCAUUAAGCAAGACGCCGGUGGAGUUUCAUAGCAGAGGUGGUCAAUUCAAAUCCAACAUGGAUCUAGGCUCUCUAGACCAUUCUCUGGAAAAAACUAAUGCAGAUGCAGAACCAGAAAAUUAUGCGCUAUCUAGUUUAGAGGAAGAAAUUAUCGAUGACUGCAAUCCAGCAGAAGUGCCAUUUUCUGUCAGUGAUGAUUCUAAGAGAGCCAAUGUGGGGGUAUUGAAAAGUCAGAUGAAGUUAAGAAACAAGAAUGGUGAGAGAGCAGAGAAUUCUGAAGAUCAACAGGCAUAUGAUGACCCCUCUGAGUUUUACCUAAUAAGUGUACUGGCGGCUAUAAACAUAGCAGUUUGUAUUUUUGAAAUGGCAAGUCCUGUAAGGAGCUCUGAUUUAGAGUUGUUAUCAAUCCCAUUGAUAUAUGGAGCAAAGAUAAACGAGUUGAUCCUGGUUGGAGAGUGGUGGAGGCUACUCACGCCAAUGUUUCUGCACUCUGGAGUUUUCCAUGUGACCCUAGGUAGCUGGGUGCUUCUUACAUUUGGCCCAAAAGUUUGUAAAGGAUAUGGGUUAUUCACAUUUUACCUGAUUUAUAUUCUUGGAGGAAUUUCGGGCAACCUGACUAGCUUUUUUCACACCCCAGACCCAACUGUUGGUGGCACGGGGCCGACAUUUGCGGUAAUUGGAGCUUGGCUCAUUUAUCAAAUUCAGAACAAAGAUGUAAUUGCAAAGGAUGUUUCAGAGAGUUUGUUCCAAAAGGCAAUGAUCGCUACAGCAGCUAGCUUCAUAUUAAGUCACUUUGGGCCAAUUGAUGACUGGGCACACGUUGGUGCAGCUUUUACAGGUGUAGCUUAUGGGUUCUUCACAUGCCCAGCUCUGCAGAUGGAUAAAGCAUCGUCAAAAACAGGACAACAAGAAGGAACCCUUGGACAAGCUAAUCCUUGCAAAUCACUCACCAUAUUUGCCCUCUUCAUUCUUGCUUUUAGUUCCUUAGUUUUCUUACAGGAACCUCCUCUUAUCACAAUAGUGUCCAACAACUUUGAAUUCAAAUGACAUCAAUAAGAAAUGUACUAGCAUUCCGAAAAUUCAUGCAACACGAGUGUAACUAAAAUUCAGUGAGAAAGAUAUAAUGUAGGUAUGUUUGGAUCA